AUUAGAUGGAGACCCAAAAGUACCAGAUAUUGUUUCUACAUUUAAAAUAUUGAUGAAGGAAAAGCUACAUGAACGCAAGCCUUUGAGUGAACUUGGUGGAUUUCAAUAUCAACCAAAUGGCGGGACAACUGAUCAGCAUGGAAACAAUCCAAAAAGUAAUUCACAAAAGUAUUUCCGCAAUACUUCGGAAUACCGAGUACGGGAAACGCUUACUUAUUUUCGGUCAAAAAAGCUAUCGAAAGAGCUUUUUAGGCGAAAAUGUAGGAAAAAAUCAGUACGGGCACCGAUAUACCAUGUAACCCGUAUAAGGUCAAAGAUUGACAUUCAGAAUAUGGAUGUGAGUGUCAAGCAGUGUCCCGUAAGUCACACGGGCGGGGGCGGGCGCAGCGAGGGGCGCGGGGCGCGGGGGCCGGGGCGCGCGGGGGGCGCGGGCGGACUCAUCCGCUCCAUCAUGAACCGCGGCAGUAGCGAGUGGUCCAACACCAGCUCCAUCGAGCAUGCGUACGGCGACGCGCAGCUCCAACAGACUACCAACAAGAGAAGCAUCCUGUCGCGCUACCGCGACAACCCCUUCACCCGCCGCGCCGACCACGCCGGGGCGGAGUUCAAGAUGAUGUACGACGACAUCGAGACCACCGUACUCACUGGAAAAGAAAAACGCAAUGUAAAGAAGAAAAAGAAACACAAAUCGUCGACUGACGAAUUGAGCACGGACAUGAAUCUGUGGUCUGCGGAACAGGACAGCUCCAACAUAGAGUCUGACCUGAGGGCGAUCGACAGCGGCCGCCGGCAGCUGAAGCCGGGGCGCCGGAGACGCGGCAUCCGGGAGAGCGUGGGCAGGUUCUUCCGAUAUGACAACUCAAGUCUAGAGACGACGGACAAAGAGAGAGCGAGAGAAAGAGUAAAAUAUAGGGAAGAUCCUGCACCAGCGGCGCCUGCAGCUGAUGCUCCAGCCGCGCCCGCCGCCGGUGGGGCUCCGGCAGCACCAGCCGCCCCGGCGGCUCCCGCGGCCGCCCCCGCUGCCGGCGCUGCCCCCGCCCCCGCUGCCGGGGCCGCCCCCGCUGCCGGCGCCGCACCCGCUGCUGGCGCCGCCCCCGCUGCUGGCGCCGCCCCCGCCCCCGCCGCCGGCGCUGCUCCAGCACCGGGAGCCCCAGUGCCGGGGGCCCCGGCGCCAGCCACACCCGGCGCUCCCAGUGCUAAAGGAAAGUCGAAGGUUAAGUCCAAAACCAAAUCCAGGACAAAAUCUAGACAGAAGUCCAGACAGAAAUCCAGGCAGAAGUCCAGGAUGAAAUCAAAGGUUAAGUCUAAACAAAAGUCUCGAGCGAAAUCUAAAAUGAAAUCAAAAAUCGGGGGGAAAAAGAAGAAGUCCCCCGGUGGUCUGGUGACGGCGCCGCCGGCCGACGACACGGGGCGCGGGUUCGACGACGGGUUCGGGCCCAUGUUCAACCGCGCGCGCCGCGCCAACGACGAGAUGGAGUGGAUCAACCGACACUACGAGAAGAUCGUGGGAGUCAGCACCACGCAGGCACGGAACACGGCGCUCGUCAAACUCGAGAGGCAGAUACGGAAAGGAGCUAAAGCAUCGAAGGGAUACCAAGGGCCAAUGGCGGGGAUCUCGCCCCUGUCGGAGGCGGUGGAGCUGUCGUGGAGCAGGGUGCCGGCGGGCAAGACCUGCGCCUGCCCCUACGACUACUGCAUGUGCAUGGGCAACAAGCUGAUGGACACGCACACCAUCCCCUACAACAGCUGUGCGAAGUGCGACGUGUGGGCCUCUCUGACGAAGUGCUUCAACUGGCUGGGCUGCGCCGGCUGGCACGUGCGCAUCCACCAGCCCGCCAACACGCUGCCGCUGCGGGUGCUGGAGACGCUGCGGCGCGAGCGCAUGAUCGAGGGGCAGUUCAUUGCAGGCAAAUGGGUUCCUCCUGAAUACUGUUUGUCAGGCUGCCAUCCAUUCUACAAGAAGGCUCUAAAACAGAAAGAUGAAGACGCUAUCAAAGACGCUAUCGUGAACGUGAAAAUCAAAAGCCCUAAGGAGUUAGCAAAAGAAAAAGAGGAACGAGAAAACGCCGAAAUAGAAAGGAUAGUGAAUGCGGCGGUCGCUAAAGAAAUGAAAGAACUUAUGGAUCAAGUAGACGUUGAACCUGAUGAAAGCUCAUUCACAUCUGACGCCGAACGAGAAGCAUGGAACAUGAAGAAAAAAGCUGAAGCUGAUUUAGCCAAAGUUAAAGAUAGAGCUGCAAAGAGGAAAGAAGAAGCUAUGGAAACCAAGAAAAGUAAUGCCAAGGAUGUGACUGAGAGAGAAAAAGAAAGGGAAAAGGAGAGGAAAGCUAAGAAAGAAGGCGAAAAAGAAGAUGAAAAGAAAGAAGAGAAAAAGGAGGAAAAGAAAGAAGAGAAGCCGAAGGAAAAGAAGAAGGAAACCAAGGACGAGAAGUCGGAGAAGGCAAAGUAUGAGGAGCAGAGGAGGAACAAGGAGAAGGCCAAGAAGGAGGAACCGGAAGUGAGGCCCGGCACCAAGAUCAAGUGGGCGCCGCUGCCGGGCGAGCCGGGGUACAAGGACCUGAACCUGGUGGUGGACCGGCCCGCGCCACCACCCACGGCCGCCGAGGCCAGCGAGGCCACCGGCCUGCCCGUCGACCCCGCGCUGGCCGCCGCGCCCGGCGCCGCCGCCGCCCCGGGGGCCCCGCGCAAAGGCAGCGGCAAGAUGAUGGGCAGCAUGAAGGUGGGGAUGGGAGGCCCGCGCGGCCCCGGGCCCCAGUCCACUGUGGGCGCCGCCCCGCCACCCGCCGCCGGCGCCGCGCCCGGCGUGCCCGGGGCGGCCCCCGUCCCCGGUGCACCCGGGGCUCCCGCGCCCGGGGCCCCCGGGGUACCUGGCGCGCCGGGAGCUCCACCAGGGCCUGGCGUGCCGGGAGCACCAGGAGCACCAGGAGCACCCGGCGCCCCCGGGGCUCCCCCCGCGCCAGGAGCUCCAGGAGUACCUGGUGCGCCGCCGCCCCCCGGCGCACCCGGAGCUGCCCUGUUGCCCGGCAUGGAGCCCACCACGGCCCCGGGAGCCCCCGGCGCGCCGCCUGCACCGGGUGCCCCGGGAGCGCCGGCAGUGCCUCCUAAACCGGGAGCACCGGGACCCCCGGCAGGGAUGCCCGGCCUCCCGGGAGCACCUCCGGUGCCCGGUGCUCCGGUUGCCCCGGGCGGCCCUCCCGGCGCGCCCGGGGUGCCGCCCGCCCCGGGGCCGCCGGGCGCGCCGGGAGCCCCCGCGCCGCCGGGCCCCCCUGGAGCUCCUCCACCACCAGCAGUUCCAGGAGCCCCGCCCCCGCCUGGAGCUCCCGGCGCCCCGCCGCCCCCAGGAGCUCCCGCACCGCCGGGGGCCCCGGGCGCGCCACCUGCUGUCCCCGGAGCUCCACCAGCACCUGGCGUGCCGGGAGCACCAGGAGCACCAGGAGCACCAGGAGCACCAGGAGCACCAGGAGCCCCGCCCGUGCCCGGCGCGCCUGAAGCCGCAGCGCCGCCGCCGAAAGGAAAGAAAGGAAAGAGUACAAUGGGUGCUCCAGGAGCUCCGGAUGCAGCCGCAACCCCCGCCGCCCCCGGCGCCCCCGCCGCCCCCGGCGCCCCAGGAGCUCCGGGUGCUCCGGGGGCGCCGCCGCCGGGCGCGCCUCCUGCAGCCCCGGCGCCGGCGCCUCCACCGCCAGCCCCCGAGCCCGGCGCCGGUGGGCUGCUCGGGGCCAUGCUCGGCGGAGGGAAACCGCCGCCGCCGACGCCGCCCCCUCCGUCCCCGAUGGCCGCGACCGCCCCGGGGGCGCCGCCGGGCCCCAAGCCUCCUCCCCCGUCUCCAUUCGCUGUCCCCGCGCCAGCUGCCCCGGCGCCGGCCGCCCCCGGAGCCCCGCCGGCUCCGGGCGCUGCGCCUGUCCCCGGUGCCCCCGCUGCCCCUGGGGCUCCACCACCUCCUGGUGCACCACCUGCCCCUGGGGCUCCACCUGCCCCUGGGGCUCCACCUGCCCCUGGGGCUCCACCAGGCCCUGGGGCCCCACCGGCUCCUGGUGCCAAACCCCCAGUGCCAGGUGCACCCGCAGCCCCCGGCGUACCGGGGGCGCCACCUGCCGCGAAGGCCCCUGGAGGCACGCCAAGUCAGGAGACUGGAGUGGGCGGCCCCGCAGCCCCGGGGGCUCCAGCUGCUCCGGGGGCGCCGCCAGCCCCAGGAGCAGCACCAGCGAAGCCAGGCGCGCCCGCGGCCCCCGGCGCCGCCCCCGCCGCUCCCGGUGCUGCUCCCACCGCGCCAGCACCUGGUGGUGAGGGUGCGGAGAAGGGUGCGGAGAAGGGUGCGGAGAAGGAAGAAGAAGAAGGUACUGCCGAGGCACCUGCGGGCGCGGCCCUCCCCGGCGGACCCGUCCCGCCGGCCGGGUACGUGCCGCCACCCAGAGAACCAACUGAAGCAGAGCUAGAAUUACAAAAAAUUCAAAAAGAAUUAAAACAAAUUGCUGAACCUGGAGAUACCAAAACUGAAAAAGAGACAAAAAAAACCGAUGAUGAAGAGAAACCAAAAGAAACUAAGAAACCUGAAGAAAAAGAGGAAGAAAAGAAAAAGGAGGAGAUAAAGAAAAAAGCUGAACCCGAUGCGCCAAUAGUCAUAACUACGAAACUACCGGAGGAAAAGAAAGGAAAGAAGAAACUAACACAAGCGGAGGAGGAGGCACUGAGACAGAAAGCGCGUGAAGAAGUGGCUAAAACAUUCAUUGAAAAGCUGGAAAAAGAACAUGAGGCUAGAGAGAAAUCAGAGAGGGCUAUGAAGAAAAGACACGAGAGGGCUAUAAGUGCGCUAAAUACCAAAUAUUUAGAAAAAGAAAAGGAUGAAUUAAAGAAAGCAGAAGCGGAUCUGGCCGAAGCACAUCCCGGACAUCUGUUGAGGGUUCAGAAGCUGAAAUCAGAACAGAUCCAGAUGGAAAAGAAGGACGAGGAGAAAAAGUUGAAAGAAAAACAAGAGAAGGAGUACGAAACGUUCAAGACAGCCAUGAAAGAGCAACAGGAAGCUAUAGAGAAGGAGAUGAACGCCGCCAUCAAGCGUCUGGUCCCGGAGCCGCCGCGGGUAGAGAAGAAGAAGAAGGUGCCGUGGGGCGACGCCACUUACAAGAAGCACGGCGGGAAGGACGGCAAGAAGGGCAAGAAGAAGGGUAAAGGGAAGAAGCCUUCUGGGAGAGGGUCUGGCACGGGCGGGGACCGGAAGGAGCGGGCGAGCGCGCGCGCGGACGAGAAGGCGGCGGCGGAGGCGCUGAAGAAGCAGCAGCUCGAGCAGAAGAAGCCGGCGAGCAACGCGCUGGGGUACUUCCGGCCGGUGCCGGGCUCCAAGCGCGAGGUCUCGGAGGACGGGCCCUGCGUGUGCGGCACGGGCGCCGCCGGCAGACCCGCGCCAGGGAGAAAGAAAAAUAAAUGUCCCUGUCAUAUUCCUGGAGAAAUUGAUGAGUUUGGGAACCGGCUCAUCAAAUACAAGAAAUGCCCGGAACAUUGUCGCUGUGGCGCUUUCGCUUGCAUAUUAAAACGCUACUACGACAAGUUCAAGUGCAUAUUCGUGUCGAAGAAGACGUGCAACUGCACCAUCUCACAGAUGGAGUUCGUGCCCUUCCCGGAGAUGGUAGAAGAGGACCUUACUGACAAGGAGAAACUUAAACUCGAGAAGGAGAAAGAGAAGGCGAAGGCGAUGAAGAAGGGCGAGAAAGGGAAAAAGGGCGAGAAAGGGAAGGAAGAGAAGGGAAAGAAGAAAAAAGGCGGAGAGAUGGUGGUGAUGCUCGGGACGGACAAUAAGUCGGUGAUGCAGUUCGCGGCGCCGCUGGCGGAUACCCAGACGCAGGCGCCUCAGACGCAGAUGCGGGAGAUCGCCACGGAGCGCCCGCGGCUGCGGCGCCGCGCCGUGCAGCACCCCUUCGCCGAGGUCACCGGCUCACAGGUGAACAUCGGUCGCCUGCGUCUGUCAUCGACGCCGCUCAUGCGCUCGCAGGACCACCUCGGGACCGGCAGCGACUCGCGGUAGACCUCUGGACCACACAGACCCAUGGACCACGGCGACCCAUGGACCAAGUGGCCCACGGACCAAGUGUGACCAAAUUGUUGUUGUUUGAAAUUAUAUAUAAAUUGCUGUCGAUUUACUUUUGGAUGCCAUUUUGUAUUAUUGUUUUAGUAACCUGUUUUGAAUUUUUCAUCCAAUUUUAAAAUAAAUGACACUUUGUGAAUGUU